CAAUAGCUUCCUUCAAAUAGGCUUUAGGUAUCAACUAUCAUCAGCUACAGACACAAAAUUAAACACUGGUCUCUCAAAGCUUAUUUUUAUCACUCUGUUAAUUAUUAGAUCUGUGAUAAAUUCAAUCGGUUUCUAUUCCUAUUCAAUUCUAAUAACAUGGCACCCGACCCUAACAACGCUAGUGGCAGUGGCAGUGGCGCUACCGCUAGAGACGAGGCAUCCGUGAAAGUGCCGUCAAAAGACCCCAAAAAGAAGGAUGAGAAAAAGGAUGAGGAUCUUUCCGAUGAAGAUUUGGCGUUGAAGCAGCAAUUGGAGUUGUAUGUGGAAAGGGCUCAGGAUCCUGAUCCUGCAUUACAGAAGGUUGCUCUAGAGAGUAUGAGGCAGGAGAUUAGAACAUCAACAAGCUCAAUGACCUCAGUUCCAAAGCCAUUGAAAUUUCUUCGACCACAUUAUGGAACUUUGAAGGCUUUUUAUGAAACAAUGACAGACUCGGAUCUGAAGAAAUUAUUGGCGGAUAUACUGUCAGUUUUGGCAUUGACCAUGUCUGCUGAGGGAGAACGGGAGAGCUUAAAGUACCGAUUGUUGGGUUCAGAAAGUGAUAUUGGUUCAUGGGGCCAUGAAUAUGUCAGGAACUUGGCUGGAGAAUGUGCCCAAGAAUAUGCUAAGCGACAGAGUGAGGAAAGCUCAAUUGAUGAUCUAAUGGAACUUGUAACACAAAUUGUUGCUUUUCACAUGAAGCACAAUGCUGAACCUGAAGCUGUUGACCUUUUAAUGGAGGUUGAAGACCUUGAUCUUUUGAUUGAUCAUGUAGACAGCACAAAUUUCAAGAGGACAUGCCUAUAUCUUACCAGCGCAGCAAGAUAUCUUCCUGGACCAGAUGAUAUGCUAGUUCUUGAUAUUGCUUACAUGAUAUAUAUAAAAUAUGAAGAAUACUCAAACGCUCUUCAGAUUGCACUAUUCCUUGACAACAUGCAGUAUGUGAAGCAGGUUUUUACAGUUUGUGAUGAUGUACUCCGAAAGAAGCAAUUUUCUUACAUUGUUGCUCGGCAUGGUAUUACUUUUGAGCUUGAUGAUGAAGUGGCUGCAGAUGAUGAGGACAGAGAAGCAUUACAGGAUAUCGUCAACAACACUAAGUUAAGUGAAGGUUAUCUAACCCUUGCUCGGGAUAUUGAGGUCAUGGAGCCCAAAUCUCCGGAUGAUAUCUAUAAGGCACAUUUGCUCGAUGGCCGAGCGAGUGCUGGUGUUAGUGUUGAUUCUGCUCGGCAAAAUUUGGCUGCUACGUUUGUCAAUGCAUUUGUAAAUGCAGGUUUUGGUCAGGAUAAGUUAAUGACGGUUCCAUCAGACUCUUCAAGUGGUGGUUCUUCAGGAAAUUGGCUUUUUAAGAAUAAAGAACAUGGAAAGGCUAGUGCUGCUGCAAGUCUGGGUAUGAUAUUAUUGUGGGAUGUGGAUUCUGGACUUGCUCAAAUUGAUAAAUAUUUUCAUAGCAAUGACAAUCAUGUCAUUGCUGGUGCACUUCUUGGAGUUGGGAUCGUCAAUUGUAGCAUCAAAAAUGAUUGUGAUCCUGCACUAGCUCUUCUUGGAGAUUAUAUAGAUAAAGAAGAUUCAUCCAUUCGAAUUGGGGCAAUAAUGGGCCUGGGUAUUGCAUAUGCUGGUUCUCAGAAUGAGCAGAUUCGCUUUAAGUUAUCUCCCAUUCUCAAUGAUGCGAAAGCCCCCCUUGAUGUAAUUGCAUUUACUGCAAUUUCAUUGGGCUUGAUAUAUGUUGGUUCCUGCAAUGAAGAAGUUGCACAGGCUAUUAUAUUUGCCUUAAUGGACCGAAGUGAAUCGGAGUUGCAGGAGCCCCUUACACGGUUCUUGCCUCUUGGCCUCGGUCUUCUAUAUCUUGGGAAGCAGGAAAGUGUGGAGGCAACUGCAGAAGUUUCAAAGACAUUUAAUGAGAAAAUCAGAAAAUACUGUGACAUGACCUUGCUUUCAUGUGCAUAUGCGGGAACUGGGAAUGUUCUCAAGGUUCAGAACCUUCUGGGUCAUUGUGCUCAACAUCUUGAAAAGGGUGAAACCCACCAGGGACCAGCUGUGCUUGGGAUUGCUAUGGUAGCAAUGGCAGAGGAAUUGGGGCUUGAAAUGGCCAUUCGCUCAUUAGAGCAUCUUUUACAGUAUGGAGAACAGAAUAUUCGUCGGGCAGUUCCUUUGGCUCUUGGUCUUCUCUGCAUAUCAAACCCAAAGGUUAAUGUUAUGGACACAUUAAGUAGACUUAGCCAUGACACAGAUUCUGAAGUUGCAAUGGCUGCAGUUAUUUCCUUAGGUUUGAUUGGCGCAGGAACCAACAAUGCUCGAAUUGCUGGCAUGCUACGCAAUCUUUCAAGUUAUUACUACAAAGAUGCCAGCCUUCUGUUCUGUGUGCGAAUUGCUCAGGGUCUUGUACAUUUGGGGAAGGGCUUGCUGACUCUUAAUCCAUAUCAUUCUGAUCGUUUUUUGCUAUCACCGACGGCUCUUGCUGGGCUAAUAACUAUGCUUCAUGCAUGUCUUGAUAUGAAAGCUAUCAUCUUGGGGAAGUAUCAUUAUGUUCUCUAUUUCCUUGUUUUAGCAAUGCAGCCACGAAUGUUGAUGACUGUGGAUGAGAAUCUCAAACCUUUGUCUGUACCUGUUCGUGUGGGACAAGCUGUUGAUGUCGUUGGCCAGGCAGGUCGACCGAAGACUAUUACUGGUUUCCAGACCCACUCAACGCCUGUGCUUCUGGCAGCUGGUGAUAGAGCUGAGCUAGCUACUGAGAAGUAUCUUCCACUUUCACCCAUUCUUGAAGGCUUUGUCAUCUUGAAGGAGAAUCCAGAUUAUAGUGAAGAUCACUAAUUUCUUCCCGGAGCAUCACUGGAGCUUGCAUGGCGUGACAUUGGACCUUGCCUAAUAGCUUGAAGCUCAGACAACUAAAUUUUGUUUUGGGAUUUUUGACAAGGUUAUACUCAGAUGCAGGCCAAGUCUUAUCUUUUUCCCCUCGGUCUGGAUCAAGACUCGCAGAUCAAUGUGAAACUAAUGCGCACCCUAGAAAGAGGGAAAACACAUUCAAAUCGAUAAAGCUACACUUGGUUGCUGAUUUUUAUAACGAAUGUAUAUCCGGCAUGGUGGCUCUUGACCACUUGCUUUAAAUAGGAACAUAUCUUUGUUACUUGAUUGCAGUACGUUAGGGAUUCUUCUCAGUUAGUUGGAAUUCAUUUUUUUUCCC